AUGGCCCCUAUCACCCAGAUAACACCACCAAGCCCCAAAGAGGGAAUCGACUGGACAAACGUAUCCGGCCAAUAUCUUCCUCUCAAUGGCCAUAUUGAAGUGCGCUUCCGCGCAUCGACGGGGAAAUGGGACACCCCAACUCUAGUCGAAGGAACCAACAUCUCCGUCUCCGGCCUCAGCCCCGGGCUUAACUAUGGACAGCAGUGCUAUGAGGGCUUGAAAGCGUUCCGGACGGCUUCGGCAGAAACCAAGCAGGAGGAAAUCCACGUCUUUCGUCCUGCGUUCCACGCCGCGCGCAUGACCCGCUCGGCUAUGUCCAUAUGUCUCCCACCUCCUUCCGAAGAGUUGUUCCUCGAGUGCAUUCGGCAGGCCGUUGCCCAGAAUGCCGAAUAUGUUCCCCCAGCCGAUAGCUCUUCCUUCCUCUAUAUCCGGCCGGUCCUUUUCGGUGCAUCAACUGGCCUAUGGGGUCCGUGUGAUGAAGCUAUCUUCGCAGUCUACGUGCAGCCGGCAAACCCACACCACGGAGUUGGAGCAGUUUCUGGCAUUGUUUGCGAAGAGUUCGACAGAUCUGCACCACGAGGUAUGGGCAGCUUCAAAGUUGGUGGAAACUAUGCACCAGUUUGGAGACACGCUGCAAAGGCAAUGAAGCUUGGCUUUGGCAUCAUGCUUCACCUUGACAGCGCAACACAUUCCCUUGUGGAAGAAUUCUCGACAAGUGGGUUUUUAGGCCACAAAAUGACGGUAGAUGGCCAACAUGUGCUGGUCAUACCCGCUUCUGAUAGCGCUAUCGAAAGUGCGACGAGUGACGCCCUCGCAACAAUUGCCAGGCGUCAAGGCUGGAUGGUUGAACAGGCCCAACUCCCCUUUUCCUCAUUAGGGAACCUGGACGAGGUGAUUGCAUGCGGCACAGCGGCCGCGGCAGUUCCUAUCCGCUCUCUUACACGGAUGUCGACCAAUGAGAAAUUUGAGUUUGGUUCCGAUCACAAGAGGUGGAAUUUGAUCCAGUUGGCGGUCACAGUAGAUAGCAUACAGCGAGGGAAGAGUAUUGAUGAGGAACGAUGGUGUUGGACAGUCACAGGAUUUCCAGCACUGAAGUCUUCAUGA